GCGACGGAUGCGCGACGGGCGCACCAUCAGGCGGGCAGGAGAUUCAACGGGACGCGCGCACGCAUGUCUCGUCCACGCAAGUCGCGAGCAGCCACGUCGCAGCAGCGGAGGUGCUGUGGAGAGCAGAGCGGUCAGGGGCGGUGUGUGGCGGUGAACGGGCGGCAGCAUGCAGCCACGCGGCAGCUGAGGGCGCAGAGAGGGCGGGCGGCACGCGUGGCGCCGCGCCCCAACCCCUCCACACGCCAUCCCUUCUCCGCGAUUCCCCCCGCCUCACUCCACUGAGCCCCGCCCAUUCCCGUAGCGUCCACUGCAACCUCCACCGUGUGUUUCACGCCGCCCCUCACUGCCUCUCAGCUCGCGCCGCUCCAUUCGCCGUUUCCAAUCCACUCGAAUCAGCCACUGCCACGUGGCAGCGCAGCUCGCUCUUUCACCGUGCCUUCCACGCGUCAGGCGCCGCAGCGGCAGCGGCAGCAGCAGGGGGGGGAAGGGGGCGGGAUUACUAUGCGGUGUUGGGGGUGUCAAGGAAGGCAACGGCCGCAGAAAUCAAAAAGGCCUUCUAUGCGCUGGCGAAGAAGUACCACCCGGACGCCAACAAGGACGACCCCAAUGCAGCCAAGAAGUUCCAAGAAGUGCAGCAGGCGUACGAGGUGCUAAAGGAUGAUGAAAAGAGGGCCAUGUACGAUCAGGUUGGUCCGGAGGCGUUUGAAGGGGGAGCAGCUGGGGGACCAGGCGCAGGGGCGGGCGCUCAGGGCUUCGGCGGAUUCUCUGGCUUCGGAGGGCCAUCGGACUUUGAGGAGAUGCUGGGCGGCAUCUUUGGGCGCAUGGGCGGCAUGGGCGGCAUGGGUAUGGGCAUGGGCAUGGGGGCGGCGGGGCCGAGGGGCGGCGAGAGUGUGCAGAUGGCGGUGAGGCUGACGCUGAGGGAGGCUGUGGACGGCUGCUCGCGCCACCUCUCCUUCUCUGCUCCCGUGCGCUGCUCCUCCUGCAGCGGAUCAGGCAUGCCCAAGGGGUACCAGCCCACCCCAUGCAAGGCGUGCAAGGGCCAAGGCAUGGAGAUGCGGCGGAUGGGGGCGUCAGUGGUGAUGCAGACGUGCUCCUCCUGUGGCGGCCAGGGCGUCUUUGUCAAGGAGUGGUGCAAGACAUGUCAUGGGGAGGGCACAGUGAAGGAGAGGCGGGAAGUGGAUGUCUCCAUACCAGCAGGGGUGGACUCGGGAGUGACUCUGAGGGUGCCGGGGCAGGGAGGCGCAGGGGGGAAGGGGGCGCCACCUGGGGACCUGCUGCUAAACAUUCAGGUGGAGGAGGACUCGGUGUUCAAGAGGGACGGCAACGACAUCCACGUCGACCUGCACGUCUCCUUCCCCCAGGUGCCACCUCCCCCUCUGCUCCUCAUGCUCCCUGUCCUAUCAUGUGCGCACCGUUUCUCCCACAACUCUCCCACGGCCCUCUUACGCCCCCCUGCCAUCGCCCUUGCCAUUGCCCCUGCCAUCGCCCCUGCCAUCGCCCCUGCCAUCGCCCUUGCCAUGGCCCCGUGUGCGUGCCAGGCGUGUCUGGGAGCAUCAGUGCCGGUGCCAACACUCUCAGGAGAGGUCAUCCUUAAGAUCAAGCCGGGCACGCAGCCAGGCCAGGUGCUCCAGCUGCGCGAUAAAGGAGUGCGAUCGGCCACGAGUCGCCGAGUGGGGAGUCAGUUUGUGCACGUCAAUGUUGCCGUGCCCACGUGCGUCUGCUGCCCACUCGCCCCUCCGCUCCUCCCUCAUAGCCCCUCCCCUCCUCCUUCACUGCCCCUCCUCUCACCUCCAUGGUUGCCUCACCUCUCACUUUCCUCAUUGCCCUCCUUUUCACAUCCCCCAUUGCGCGCACAUCCGCGUAGUCUCUGCUUUGCUGUUGGCUCUGCUUUUCUGCUUACCUUGCACCCUCUCCCAUCCACCAAUCCUCUUGCACUGCCCAUCCACCAAUCUUCUUGCACUGCCCACCCAUCCCACCCAUCCCACCUUGACCGUGCAGGGAGCUGA